CAGUGCUUGUUUCUUAGUAUGAAUGUUUGCACAGUAAUCUCCUGCUGAUCCUGUCUGAUGGGUGAGGUGUCGUUGCACAGGCAGAGUAGCUUAGGUAGCCAGAGAACACAGAGCUGAGAAGGACAGAAGAGAACAUCACCAACAAGAGAUAUACUCUUUUCCACCAGAUUAAGACAUUAACAAAAAUAAAAAGGAAGGAGGAACACAGGAAAUAAUGGAUUUUGAGAGAAGAGCAAAGCGAAUGCUCCAGAAUGUGGAAUGACCCAGUAGACACUCCGUACUGGUGAGAAUAGAUGGACCUGGGGUUCUAAUGUGGCUCUGGGACACACAGGAAGUCGCUCUUUUCUUCAGCAUCACAUUGUAUGUGUGCCACCUAGCUGGAGCCAUCUCCAUACGGUCUCCUCAGCAGAGUCUGACCAGGCCUGUCCAACAGGAUGUAUUGUUCUCUGUGGACAUCGCCUGUGUUGGGACUCCCACCAUACAGUGGACCUUUAUGUCUGGCAGGGUGAGCAGAGACAUUGGGGCGUGGCAACCUGGGGUGUUUACCAAUGUAUCAGAGGACUACAUGGACAGAGUCCACACAUACACUAAUGGAUCUAUGGGACUGUCGGACCUACGUAUUCAGGACACUGGCUUCUACGUGAUCACUGUGACUGAACUGUCCGGGAGCAGCAAAGAUGCAGGAUUUGUCUUGAAUGUGGAAGAGGUUCUGUAUGAGGACCUCCAGUACCUGGCAGUGUUUGCUGUAGUGCUGGCCUCCCUGGCUGGCUUUCUCAUGGUCUCCAUGUGGCUCAUGGACAAAGCCUACAGCCAGAUCAAUGCAUGGAGACAGAGGAGGCAGAUGCCAGAGAAUGAUGUAACUGAGCUGCAACCUCUCUGAUAUGAAGAUCUGAGAAAGCCAGAUGGGACUGCCCAACAACCAAUGUGAGCUAAAAUGAAAGACUCAUUUUAUAAAUCAAUGAAAGCAUCCACAGAGUGUAAAUGUCACCAAGUUACUGAUUCCAGGAACAGAUGAAGGAUUAUCAACCUACGUGCCUCAAGACGAGCUGCAUGUAUUAUUUUACUGUACAUGAAAACUGUAUACACAACUGAUAUUAGUCCACCAGAUUUUAUGUAAGGAAACACACUGACAAGUGGAAACAAAAUAUAUUUUUAUUUUCACAGCUGUUUUCAGUUUCUUUUACUGUAACAUUUAAAAUAUACAGUUGUAGUCGGAGGUUUACAUACACUUAGGUUGGAGUCAUUAAACCUUGUUUUUCAACCACUCCACAAAUUUCUUGUUAACAAACUAUAGUUUUGGCAAGUCGGCUAGGACAUCUACCUUGUGCAUGACACAAUUUUUCAAAAAAAUGUUUGCAGACAAAUUAUUUCACUGUAUCGCAAUUCCAGUGGGUCAGAAGUUUACAUACACUAAGUUGACUGUGCCUUUAAACAGCUUGGAAAAUUCAAGAAAAUUAUGUCAUGGCUUUAGAAGCUUCUGAUAAAUGAAGUAAAUUGGAGGUGUCCCUGUGGAUGUAUUUCAAGGUCUGCCUUCAAACUCAGUGCCUCUUUGCUUGACAUCAUGGGAAAAUCAAAUGAAAUCAGCCAAGUACUCAGAAAUAAAUUGUAGACCUCUACAAGUCUAGUAUAUAUUAUUAAUAAUAAUAAUACAUUGGCACAGGUAAGUCAAAUGUCCAAGCAAAUCAACAGACAUCAAUGCAUGAUUUCCACAAAAGUGGGUCAAGUUAGGAUUCAGCCCAUAGAACAAAAUCAGAGAUAGCGAGAGAGUGUGAUAGUGGCCGGACCUAAGGACAGGGAGUGAGGGCUGCCAUCAGAAGAUCCAUCUUGUAAACAAAGUUGCCUCCCUCCAUCUAGCUCCAGUGGACCUCUUUGUAGGGCCCUCGCAGGUGGUUCCACUUCCCGUCCUGGAUGACGUCAGACUUGGGCAGCUCCUUGUUCUGGCUACGUGGGAAACUGGACCAGGAGCUUACAGCCACUCUCUGGACCACUACGCACUGGAAAAGAUACAACACAUUCAUUUGGACAAAUAUUAGCAUUAUCUUAAGUUUCAGUCAUUCAGAUCAUCAUAUUAGUUUUCAGACUAAAUGAGCUGUUUAAGGUGCAUGACGGCCAAUAUGCCAGUGAUUGAUUGAAGGACGGUACCUGAGAUUGCGUAUUCCCUGUUGGAGGAGGCAAUGGUGAUGGCCCAGGCGCUUUCAAUGCUCUCCAAAGAGCCAAGGCCCAAAUGGUUACUGAAGCUCAGAACAUGCCAACUCAUCACUUUAGCCAGGUGCUGUACCGCAUGGACCUGCUGCUGAGACAUCUGCAGUACCAGCGGACAGGGAGGCACUGUUACUCACUAGUUCAGACAGGAAGCUACAAAAAGGCUACAUCAAUACUUUGAAAUAGAUUUGAAUACAAGUUUCCCUGGAGCAAUAGGCAGUGAAGAACUACAGCAGGUCUAGCAAAUGCAUCUAGUCAUGCAUUUUAGAACAUACAGCAAGCAUUUUAGGUGCCUUCUAGCUAUACUUGACUGUAAUACAGAGUACAUAAACAGAAGGUGAUGAUGUGAGAGCAGUCACUCCGUCCCCUGACCUGGGAGAGGAGGAAGUCCUGCAGCUCCGGUUCCUAGUGAGAGAGGGUGAUGACACGGCCGUCCCUGUGCACCACUCAGUUCUGCUCAACCCUUGUUCAGCUGCAGCUGGAUAGACCUGCACACACACACAGAAGGUCAUGGUACAUUCUUUCUCCAUGGUCAAAGUUUUAUUUAGACAAGACCUUUACCGAACAUUGACAAAGCGGAAUAAUUGCAGAAUUAAAUUGUUGGUGAUUCAUUAAGGUCAAACCUCUUCUUCUGUUGUUCGAACAUGGAACCUACCUUUUUCCUUUUAAUUAAUUCUCUACUCUCACCAAAUGUUCUAUUCUAGAGGAUAUGUCACCAAUUCCUGGCCAGUCCUCCUGGCUUUAACGGUACUCUGCCUCUGUUACUCUGGCUUAGCCAGUCCUCCUGGCUCCUGCUCCACUUACUUGCAGAUCUGCUCGUAACCCUGGGAGGUGAUGAGGACUUUGACACUGGACUCGUACACGUCGUUGAUGUUGGACCAGUGGGCCUGGAUCUGGGGGUCUUCUAUACGGCUGGCCAGGUCGUCGAUGGUCCGCGCCAUCCUGAAACAGACACGAGGGGUAGACUUUCAGUCAAUGUUGAGUUGCUGUCCUGUAAAACUCUAAUUCAGUAUCAAACGGUUUCAUUGUGCCAACAUUUUCCUGAUUUGUGAUUUUACAACAAAGAUAGGAGGUGCUUUGACUGAAACAACAAGCCUGACAGGAGAAAAUACUUUUGAAUUUAAAAAAAAAGAAAACAGUAUAACAGUA